ACGAGUAGUCCAAGUUAUUUAUCUCUUGCUAUAUCCAUGUUAAUAAUUUCAUUGUGUAGCUCAAACUUGUUUGAUUAUUAUGUAACAAAAUGGAGUAGCGUCGGUGCGGCGGAGGCCGUGGCGGCGAUAAUACCGUGCUCCGGGCAUGGAAGAGCAUACUUGGAAUAUGGUUUGGUUUUGAAUGGGCAUGAACCUGUUUGUGAAUGCAAUCCAUGCUAUAGUGGCUCUGAUUGCUCUAAGUUUUCAUCUGAUUGUGCUGCUGAUGCUGGAAGUGGAGAUCCAUAUUUUAUGGAACCAUUUUGGAUGAGGCAUGCAGCAAGUAGUGCAUUGCUAGUAUCAGGGUGGUACAGAAUGGGAUACACAUACAAUGAUGAAUCAUACAUAUCACAAUUACUGGUGAAUCAUAUCAAAAAACUGCACGAGACUGUUGGAAAUGCAGUCACUGAUGGAAAGUACAUAAUAUUUGGAGGCGGGUCAACACAACUCCUCAAUGCUGCAGUUUAUGCAUUAUCUUCCAAUAAUAACUCUUCGGACACUCCAGCAAAAGUUGUAGCCACUGCUCCAUAUUAUCCAUUGUAUAGAACACAAACAGAGCUUUUCAAUUCAAGGGAUUAUAGAUAUGAAGGGGACGCAUCAUUGUGGAAGAACAACACAGAUAAUGACACAAGAUUCAUUGAAUUUGUGACUUCACCAACCAAUCCAGAAGGGAAAUUAACCAAGGCAGUUCUUGAAGGACCAAAUGUUAAAACCAUUAACGAUAGAGCUUAUUAUUGGCCACAUUUCACACCUCUUCCUUCUCCAGCUGAUGAUGAUCUCAUGCUCUUUACAAUUUCCAAAUUCACAGGCCAUGCUGGCACUAGAUUUGGAUGGGCAAUAAUAAAGGAUAAGGGUGUGUACGAAAAGAUGGUAACAUACUUGGACUUAACAACAGUGGGAGUAUCUCGUGAGGCACAGCUUAGAACUUUGAAGAUUUUGAAUGUAAUUCUUGAAGAAGGAGAUGGAAAAGAAAUAUUCCAAUUUGGAUAUUCAACAAUGAGAGAUCGUUGGAUAAGGCUAAAACAAAUUAUAUCAAAGUCAAAACGUUUUUCUUUACAGAAACUAUCUCCCCAAUAUUGCACAUUUUUCAAAAGGGUUCGAGAUCCAUCACCAGCGUAUGCAUGGUUGAAGUGUGAAAGAGAAGAAGAUAAGAAUUGUUAUGAGAUUCUUAAAGCUGCUGGAAUCAAUGGCCAUGAAGGAAGUAUGUAUAGUGGUGAUGAUCGUUACGUGCGUCUCAGUCUCAUAAGAAGCCAAGAUGAUUUUGAUAUUCUUAUAAACAAGCUCACAAAUUUUGUUGCUAAGGACUAGCUCCUAGCUUAGAUUAUAUAAUCUUAUUAAUUAGUAGUUAAUAGUUAAUUAUUAUUUGAUUAGAAUUCAUCAAUCUCCACAUAUAAUAUGUA